GCUUUGCCAAGAAGACUUUCAUCUCCUACUCGGUCACCUUUGGGGACAGCUUCCGACAAGGCAAGGUGGUGGCCAUAGACCCCGAGAGGCAGCAAGUGGUGCUCAGUGAUGGUGAGGAGCUUCACUACUCCCAUCUCAUUCUUGCAACAGGCAGUGAUGGGCCAUUCCCUGGGAAGUUCAACCAAGUCAUUGACAUGGAAAGUGCCAUCCAGACCUAUGAGGACAUGGUGAAAGAGGUUGAGAAAUCUCAGCGCAUCCUGGUGGUGGGAGGUGGUGCUGCUGGAGUGGAGAUGGCUGCCGAGAUCAAAACGGAGUACCCGGACAAAGAGGUCACCCUCAUUCACUCAAAAAUGGCACUGGCUGACGUGGAGCUGCUGCCCAGUGUCCGUCAGGUGGUGAAAGAGAUUCUCCUCAGGAAAGGAGUCCGGCUGCUGUUAGGUGAAAAGGUCAGCGACAUAGAAAACCUCAGGCCAAACCAGUUCCAGAAGGACAUGGUAGUGAGGACAGAGAGGGGCACUGAGGUGGUUGUUGACAUGGUGGUGCUGUGCACAGGGAUAAAGAUUAACUCUUCUGCCUAUGCUGCUGCAUUUGGUGACAAAAUGGCAAGUAAUGGUGCUUUGAAAGUUAACAAGCACCUCCAGGUGGAAGGCUACGAGAACAUCUAUGCCAUUGGGGACUGUGCAGAUCUCAAGGAGCCCAAGAUGGCCUACCAUGCUGGGCUCCAUGCCAACAUUGCGGUGACAAACAUCAUCAACAGCCUGACACAGAAGCCUCUCAAAACCUAUGAGCCAGGGUCCCUGACAUUCCUGCUGUCCAUGGGCAGGGAUGAUGGUGUGGGCCAGGUGAAUGGUUACUACGUGGGACGGCUCCUGGUGACCAUUGCCAAGAGCAGGGAUCUGUUUGUGUCCAAGAGCUGGAAGAACAUGGGGCAGACGAUGCCCUCCUGAGAGGAACAAUCCAGCAAGGAGAACAGCAGCUGGAACAGGCUGAGGGUGCACUUCUGUUGCUUGGCUGAUAUUGUCCUCUGCAGCACCUCCUCAGGCCUCCUGUCACUGUGACACAUAAAAGGGGUGCCUGCCUUGCUGUGAAGGGGAAGGAGGCACUUCCCAAAUGAGCUGCACAGAAGUUCCCAUGAUAAAAACCAGGGAAGAAAUGUUUCUUUUACUCCCCCUGCUGAGAGAGCUCUGGGCAAUAAGCUUGGCUUACCUUGAUUUGUAACAAUAAACACUGUGCUUUUCAGAA